UCAACAAAAUCCCGAGCCUCGAAAAUCGAAAGUGAACACCCUCUCAUCUCAUUCAUUCUCCCACAAAGACAUGGACUCGCAUUGCCUCUUACGUUUCCGCUUCGCAUGUUUUGUUCUCUUCGCUUCCGUCGCAUGUUGCUUUUCACACCCUUCUCUCCUCGGUAUACACCCUCUAGAUGAGAAAUAUUACAACUCUGAGGUGAUCAAGUGCAGGGAUGGAUCAAAAUCCUUCUCCAGAGACCGUCUCAAUGACAAUUUCUGUGAUUGUCCUGAUGGCACUGAUGAGCCUGGAACUUCAGCUUGCCCCAACGGAAAAUUUUAUUGCAGAAACCUAGGUAGCAAGCCGCAGUUUAUAGUUUCUUCUCAUGUUAAUGAUCAUUUUUGUGAUUGUUGUGAUGGGAGUGAUGAAUAUGAUGGAAUCAUUUGUUGCCCAAACACAUGUGUCAUGGGUGGGAAUGCUGAGUCCACGUUUAGCAAUUGCAAGUCAGAAGCAAGUCAAAAUGGAGUGAAGUCAGAGGAAUCAGUUCAUACUGGUUUGAAGUUGGUGAUUAUUCUACAAGUGGUUCUGGUUAUUUUUCUGGUAUUUCUCUGGAGUUUUCGUUGCCGCACCAGAUCUAGAAGGAGACAUUACCGUUGAAUUGAAAGAGACUUUGCUUUUUACCUGACAUUGAAUGGUGGGUUUCAUGUUUGUUAUGGUACAAGUCCAGUACUGAAUUAAUUUAUCAACAGCUAUGAUUAGAUCAACAAUGCACCAAUUUCUUCUUCAUUUAUGCCCUUUUAUGAACCAAUGCACUUCAAUUAGUCCAUGGUCAUCAUUAUAAAACCUAGAGCAGGUUACUGGAGCACAACGGACUCAAUGUUCUGGUUGCAUUCCAGUUCCUCAAAUCCUAGUUUCUCUCAUCUGCACCACGAAUUCAAUGUCUGUCACACAGUCAUUUUGUAUCUAAUAUUUUACUUGAGGUGCAAUCAAUUGGAUAACAUCUUGACUGUGGGACUUGUAAUAUAUCUACUAUCAUAUCUUCGUACAGUUGAUCAGUUGGAGUUGAAGUCCUGAAGGUUAUGGAUUUAGAGUCACAACAUUGUUAUGAGUGCAGUUUGCGAGUUCAAGAGUUUCCAAGGCACUGAAUUUAAUGAAUAGUGAAAUAUGGAUCAUCCGGCACAAGGAACAUUGGUGAAAUUGUUGGCAGCACUACGGUCAAACAGGGAAAUAUAUAAAGCUGUUGAGAUUAUUGAUUUCCUGGAGACAGUUAUGCCCUACUAGAUUUGAAGAUUAUAUUUAGCAGUGACUGAAUUUAGUUGUAUUUGGCAAGUACAUCAAAUUACAACGAUAGUACAAUAACUGUGGUGCACUAUUGAUACACACACCCACCGGGAAACAAUUUAAGAAAUUAAUUGAAAUGGAAAGUUAAUCAAAUUUGAAGAUAGGUUUGGCCAGUAUUGGUGAGUGGGAGAUGACAGAUUUUCAUUAUAGCUCUUAAAUCAUAGCUGUUAAAUUAUUGAGUGGACCAAGUAUAGUUCUUAAUGCUAAACUGGCUGGCAUGUAUUGCAAUUUGCAAUAGGUCCGUGGCAUCUGAAUUUUGGUGUCGUGAUUAUUUUUCUCAAUCAUAAUGAAUUACACUACUGUAGGAU